UAACAGCGCUUGACACAAGAUGCGGAAGCUUUACUGUUUACUUCCUGAGUUAAAGGUCACAUUUGUUGUUUGAGGACCCUGUAGUUCAUGAAGGCGCUUUCUUACCUUAACGGAUCUAUCUUAAGCUACUUUACCGAGCUAGUCAGUCAUCAGUGAAAAAUAUGUCGUCUCAUACAGUAAUCGGACCUGCCUUGCCCCCGAUGUUCAGAAAGGAGAGUGAUGAAGACUCUGAUAAUGAAAAUGAAAUCGCUGGCCCCGCGUUGCCUCCCGGUUAUAAACGGGGGGAACCGUCGAGCUCAUCGGAUGAAAGUGAGCUGGAGGUGGCGGUCAAAAGAGCCAAGACAGGACACACAACUGGAAACAGGCCUGCAGAGGCGGAGAAGACAAAGGUUCAAGAAGAAGAAGAUGAUGGUUUCUUUGGGCCAGCUCUGCCACCUGGAUUUGAGAAAAGAUCGAGAUCACCAGAAACGCCACCUCUGCUGGGACCAGCUUUGCCUCCUGGGUUUCGCAGAGCAGCAUACGAUAACGAUGAUGAUAAUGAUGAUGAAGAUGGAGAGGGUUUCCCAGGGCCUGCCCUACCCCCAGGCUACCAGGCUGAGCCCUCCAGCAGUGAGGGAGAGGAGGAGGACGUGAUCGGACCCAUGCCGGCCAAGGGGCCUGUUCAAGACUCUGUGGCUCUGGACUUCGAGCGCAGGGCACGAAUGAUGAAAGAGAAGCUGACUAGAGAUGACACUCCUGAGGUGCUGACCAGAGAAACAUGGAUGACAGAGCUCCCGCCAGAACUACAGCACAUCGGCGUGGGGGCUCGAACUUUCAAGAAGAAGUCGGGCCCAGAGAAAGGCGACCGCUCUAUUUGGACUGAUACGCCUGCAGACAGGGAGCGCAAGAUGAGGGAGCGCCUGGAGGGAAAGAAAAAGGGUGAGGUGGAGAAGGACAGUGUCCCAAAACUCUCCCGGAAGGAGUUGGAAAUGGCAGAGAAAGUUACUAAGUAUAAUGAGUCAAAACGUGCUGAGUCUCUGAUGAGUUUGCACACAAAGACUAUGAAGGAAAAAGCAAAGGAGGCGGCAGACAAGCCAGUGGAGAGGAGGGCAUUUGAUCGGGAUACAGACCUGCAGGUCAACCGCUUUGAUGAUGCACAGAAGCAGCGGCUGCUGAAGAAAUCUCAGGAACUGAACACAAGGUUCUCCCAUAGCAAGGAAAAAAUGUUUCUGUAAGAAACUGUCAAAGUGUACACGUUUGAAGGUGCUGACCUCCAGUUACUAUCUGCCUAGUCACAUUUUUACACAGGGUUUGUACAAUAUGAACCAUGUUUCUAUUGAUGCUUAUGUGUUACACAAAAUGAGAAUUAAAUUUAAUGUUGAUGUAUAAGGUAAACCAAACUGGACUAAACCUCCAUUUAUGGGAGGUUAUGUCACUCAGUGUAAUGCUUACAGCAGACUUUUCAAACAGGUUUAAGCCGUUAUAAAGCGACAGUCAGUGGAGUUUGCAUUUCUAUUAUAUACACUGUAUUAGGGCUGCUGAUAUAGGAGAAAAUAUUACAAUUAAUAAAGUACAUUUUUCUAUAUGUAUUCUGUAUAUCCCAGGAUGUCUUUGAGAUCUGGAAAAUCACCUGUUGAAUUUAUUUUGGAAGUAAUUUUCACCUGCUAUGAACAAAUAUUAUAGGAAUUAUCCUUGGAAAGCCCAGACUUAGUAAUUGCUUGGUAUUAAGUUGCUUCACUAAUCAUGAUAUAAAACAAUCCCACAAUACAAUAACAAUGAUAGCUAAUAAACGCUUUUGGCUUUUGGUCAAUAUAAUUGUAUCUAUGCGUAAACACGAACAAUUCCUGCAAUGCCGGAUUGUUCAAUGCUGCAUCAGAUAAUCUCCAUUUAGCCAAACUACAGUGUUCAAUGUUGGUGCUGUAUAUAAUGAGUAAGUCUUGAAACCAUGCUUUUCAUGAUUUAUGGCAUCAACACAUUGUCCCUCGAUGCCUCAAACCUUGCUAGUGAUGUAGCCCUUUGUAAAAACUGAAAUACCAAUGAGUGAUGUAUUUGGUUUCAAUUAAAACAUUUUGUACAGAAUGCUGUAAAACGCGCUGUUAUGCUGCAUGUACCUUUGCAAUCUCUCAUUUUGUCUUUUUACGUUGAUAAAAUUUGCUUUUUGAAAGAU